CGGCGAGGUCAGUGCUGUGCCGCGCGAGCUCCUGGACAGGGUGGAUCUCGCCGCUCCCGGGUGGUGGUGGUGUUGCUAGCGUUGAGAGAGAGAGCGAGAAAGAAAGAAAGCGAUAGUGGUGGUUCCUCCCCGACCCGUGCACCAUGGAGUACCAGAACGACCAAGACGAGUACAUGGAGCAGGAGGAGGAGUGGGAGAGGGAGGGCCUUCUCGACCCCGCCUGGGAGAAGCAACAGAAAAAGACCUUCACUGCGUGGUGCAACUCUCAUCUUCGCAAGGCGGGCACCCUCAUCGAGAGCAUUGAGGAAGAGUUCAGGAAUGGCCUUAAGCUCAUGCUGCUGCUCGAGGUCAUCUCCGGCGAGACCCUCCCCAAGCCAGACCGCGGCAAGAUGAGGUUCCACAAGAUCGCCAACGUCAACAAAGCUCUCGACUUCAUCGCCAGCAAGGGAGUCAAGCUGGUCUCUAUUGGAGCGGAAGAAAUCGUGGAUGGCAACCUCAAGAUGACUCUGGGUAUGAUCUGGACCAUCAUCCUGCGCUUCGCCAUCCAGGACAUCAGUGUGGAGGAGAUGACCGCCAAGGAGGGUCUGCUGCUCUGGUGCCAGCGUAAGACAGCGCCCUACAAGAACGUCAAUGUCCAGAACUUCCACACCUCCUUCAAGGAUGGCUUGGCCUUCUGUGCACUCAUCCACCGACACAGGCCAGACCUGCUUGACUACUCUCAGCUCUCCAAGGAUGAUCCUCUGCACAACCUCAACCUCGCCUUUGACAUUGCAGAGAAGCACCUUGAUAUCCCCAGGAUGUUGGACCCUGACGACCUGGUCAACACCCCGAAGGCUGAUGAGAGGGCCAUUAUGACCUACGUCUCUUGCUACUAUCAUGCCUUCCAGGGGGCACAGCAGGCGGAAAUGGCUGCCAACCGCAUCUGCAAGGUGCUCAAGGUCAACCAGGAGAAUGAGAGGCUGAUGGAAGAAUAUGAGCGCCUCACCUCUGACCUUCUGGAAUGGAUCCGCCGCACACUGCCCUGGCUUCAGGCCCGCCAGCCCGACAACACCCUGUCUGACCUACAGAAGAAGCUGGAGGAGUACCGCCUCUACCGCCGCAACCACAAGCCUCCCCGUGUGGAGCAGAAGGCUCGCCUGGAGACCAACUUCAAUACCCUCCAGACCAAGCUGAGGCUGUCCAACCGUCCUGCUUACUUGCCCUCUGAGGGGAAGACUGUCACAGACAUUGCCAAUGCCUGGAAGAACUUGGAGGGCUGUGAGAAGUCCUUUGAGGAAUGGCUUCUGUCUGAGAUGAUGAGGCUGGAGAGGCUGGAGCACUUGGCCAAGAAGUUCAAGCACAAGGCACAGAUCCAUGAGACCUGGACCCAUGGCAAGGAGGAGAUGCUCAAGAGCAGCGACUUCCGUCACUGCAAGCUGAAUGAGCUCAAGGCUCUCAAGAAGAAGCACGAGGCCUUUGAGAGUGAUCUUGCUGCCCACCAGGACCGUGUGGAGCAGAUUGCAGCCAUUGCCCAGGAGCUCAAUGCCCUUGAUUACUAUGACUCGGCCACCAUCAACACCCGCUGCCAGUCCAUCUGUGACCAGUGGGAUCGUCUUGGCACCCUCACCACUACUCGCCGCAAUGCACUCGAGGAGACAGAGAAGCUGUUGGAGAAGAUUGACCAACUGCACUUGGAGUUUGCCAAGAGAGCAGCACCUUUCAACAACUGGUUGGAUGGCGCCUGUGAGGACCUGGUGGACAUGUUCAUUGUGCACACCAUUGAGGAGAUCCAGGGACUCAUCGACGCCCACAGCCAAUUCAAGGCCACGUUGGGUGAGGCCGACAAGGAGUACCAGGCCAUCACUGCUCUGGUCACAGAAGUGCAGAACACUGCCCAGAAGUACCAAAUCCCUGGUGCCCUGGACAACCCAUACACCACCCUCACCGCACAGGUCAUCACCAACAAGUGGGGAGAAGUGCGCAAGUUGGUACCCCAGCGUGAUGCAACACUGCAAGCUGAGCUCCAGAAGCAACAGAACAACGAAAGUCUUCGCCGCCAGUUUGCUGAGAAGGCCAACGGUGUGGGGCCAUGGAUAGAGAAGCAGAUGGAUGCCGUGGCUGCCAUUGGCAUGGGCAUGCACGGAUCUGUGUUGGAGGACCAGCUGAACCGUCUCAAGGAUUAUGAGAAUGCCGUCAUCAGCAACAAGGCCAUCAUGGAUGAAAUGGAGAAGAUCCACCAGUCUGUGCAGGAGUCCAUGGUGUUUGAGAACAGGUACACCCAGUACACCAUGGAGACCCUGCGUGUUGGGUGGGAGCAGCUCCUCACUUCCAUCAACCGCACCAUCAAUGAGGUGGAGAACCAGAUCCUGACCAGAGACUCCAAGGGCAUCAGCCAGGAGCAGCUCAAUGAAUUCCGCUCCUCCUUCAACCACUUCGAUAAGAACAGAAAAGGAAAGUUUAUGGCUCCUGAUGAGUUCAAGUCUUGCCUCAUCUCUCUUGGCUACUCUAUUGGCAAGGAUCGACAGGGUGAGAUUGACUUCCAGCGUAUCUGCAGCAUUGUUGAUCCCAACACCACUGGCUACAUUCAGUUUGAUGCUUUCCUGGACUUCAUGACAAGGGAGAAUGUGGACUCUGACACUGCAGAACAGGUCAUCGACUCCUUCAGGAUUCUGGCUGGAGAUAAGCCUUACAUCCUUCCUGAGGAGCUGCAGAGGGAGCUGCCCCCAGACCAGGCAGAAUACUGCAUUCAGCGCAUGCAGCCAUACAGUGGACCCAAUGCCCCACGCGACGCCCUUGACUACAUGUCCUUCUCUACGUCUCUCUAUGGUGAAAGUGACCUGUAGAUCCCCUGACCCAGCUUGAUGUCACCUCUCACCACCACCACCACCACUACCAACCUGCCAGAUGGGGAUGUGGCAGCUUUUCCAGAUGACACUAGUUUGACUUGAUUAAUCUAUGUGCCAUGUGAUGUCUGAAGACACCCAGCACAUGGAUCAUGGCUCAGCCUGCUGGAAGCUGCUCCACCAUAGUGAUGGUGGUGGUGGUGCUGAUGGUGGUGACCAAGGCUACGUAUCACUAUUUCAUAAAAUAAAUUCAUCGUAAACUUAAAGAGAAGCUUCAGCAUCCUACAGUUUGACAACACCUGCAGCUCCCUCCCACUCCCCACCUGAGUCCACCUCAGAGGAUAGGCUUGCAGGUGACUUCUCUUUUCUUUUUUUAGAGAAGAAAAUAUUUUUUUUUUACCUCAAUACAUAAGUAUGAGGAAUGAAAGGAAGAAGCUUUUUUUCUCUAAUUUAAGUUGGAAGUGAAUGAGAUUUGAUAGGCAUUUUUAUUUGUUUGGAGAUAUCCAAACCUAAAAACUAGAGGGUCUUUUCCGUCAGUGGGGAUUUUGGGGGUUACCACUCAGUAUUGGUGCCGUGCUGAAUUCUGCACAAAGGAAGAAAAUCACCAUGUGGACCGGGUAGUUGCGGCAGCGAACGAACUUUGAAAAUAACGAUUACCCCUUUAUGUUCAGAUUUUUCUUCUUGGUGCUUCUAGGGUGUGGAGGGUCAGGGGUGGGGGACAACAACACAUGCCAAGCUCUGCCCCCAACUCUGCCUCCCUCAACUUUCUAUCUCUAGGCUGGGUACACGAAUUUCCCCCAGCACCAACUCCCCUCUUCCCCUUCUACACAUACAUACACACGUACGAACACUGCCGCCUGAAGUGCCUCUUUCCCUCUCCCUCCCAUGUGUGUCUGCCCUUCCUGUCUGUCCCUCUGUACAUUGUCUGACUGACACAUGAACCUGCCAGAAAGCUUGCCACACUGCACCUCAAUAUGCAGCCACAGCAGUUAAUCUUCUGCCAAUGCAAGGUAUUUGUGUGAAGAUAUCAUUUCUAAUGAAAACUUUUGACCAUUAUAAACUUCACAAGCUGAAUGAUGCCUCAUAAUGAAAUGCUAGUUAUACUCUUAAUUGUACUUUUGUCAUCAAUUAGAAAAGAAGGCAAAUUGGUAACCAGUACAAAGACAUGAGGUGCCUUAACAUAAUCAAGGCUGUUUGAAAAAAAAAUUGGCACCUUUCUGUGGCAGCAGCAGAGGUGGCAGUCUGCAGUGGUGUGGCAAGGCACUGAAGGGCCAUGUGCUGUCAUGGUGUAACCCAGGAAUCUAGUCUGUGACGCUGUGGCCGCCUGUAAGCUGCUUCCUCUGUAAAUACAAUUGUGUACUAUCCUUCCUUUCUUCUGCUAAUUUAAUUUGUCAUAGGGCAUGUGAUGUGUAUAUUGCCACUAUAUCUUAUGUUUGCUCCACUGCUAUUUGAUUUUUGUAUAAUACACCCACCAUUCUGCCUUUAUGUUGGAAUUUCAUUAAAAAAUUUUGCCGACAACAGAGGAAGCUCUGCCAGCUUCCUCUGUUGAACAUACAAUGCGCCUUAUUUGUGCAAGCGCCUCUAGGCACACUGCGAUCUUGCAGUCUCUUGCGUCCAUUUCUUGGUAAAUCUACUGUAAUUACUGUGUUUAUUUAUUGUUAAUGGCAACAAUUGAUGGCUAGGAACGCAAUGACGGGCUAAUUAUUAUUUUUUAAUGUCAAACUACGAAAUCUUGUACUUGUUCCUGUGAGACCAACUAAAUAAACAUUACUAAAUAA